GAGAGCAGCACCCACAGCCAAUUGCCAUGGCAACCCCAGGGUUCGUUCCACUUCCCCACCCAGCCGAUCUCCCCCCUCCUCCCUGCACUGCAGCCAACCGGCUUGUGCGAGUCCCAGGAGCGCACUAUAAAACCUGUGCUGGUGGCGCUGGGCGUGAUCGGCAAGCGCCGGACCAGGGGGAAGGCGAGCAGUGCCAGUCUGCAGCGAAGAAAGUUUCCUUUGGUAGAAGCGAGAGGGAAAAGCCUGAGUAUGCACAGUGUGCAGAGCACGAGCCUCUGUCUCCGAAAGCAGUGCCUUUGCCUGGCCUUCCUGCUUCUCCAUCUCCUGGGACAGGUCGCUGCAACUCAGCCCUGCCCUCUCCAGUGCCCGGGCCAGUGCCCCGCGACGCCGCCCACCUGUUCCCCCGGGGUGCGCGUGGUGCUGGACGGCUGCUCCUGCUGUCUGGUGUGCGCCCGCCAGCGUGGCGAGAGCUGCUCAGAUCUGGAGCCAUGCGACGAGAGCAGUGGCCUCUACUGUGACCGCAGCGCGGACCCCAGCAACCAGACUGGCAUCUGCAUGGCGGUAGAGGGAGAUAACUGUGUGUUCGAUGGGGUCAUCUAUCGCAGUGGAGAGAAAUUUCAGCCAAGCUGCAAAUUCCAAUGCACCUGCAGAGAUGGGCAGAUUGGUUGUGUGCCUCGCUGUCAGCUGGACGUGCUACUUCCUGAGCCUAACUGCCCAGCUCCAAGAAAAGUUGAGGUGCCCGGGGAAUGCUGUGAAAAGUGGAUCUGUGGCCCAGAUGAGGAGGAUUCACUGGGAGGCCUUACCCUUGCAGCUUACAGGCCAGAAGCCACCCUAGGAGUAGAAGUCUCGGACUCAAGCGUCAACUGCAUUGAACAGACCACAGAGUGGACAGCAUGCUCCAAGAGCUGUGGCAUGGGGUUGUCCACCCGGGUCACCAACAGGAACCGUCAAUGUGAGAUGUUGAAACAGACUCGGCUCUGCAUGGUGCGGCCCUGUGAACAAGAGCCGGAGCAGCCAACAGAUAAGAAAGGAAAAAAGUGUCUCCGCACCAAGAAAUCACUCAAAGCCAUCCACCUGCAGUUCAAGAACUGCACCAGCCUGCAUACCUACAAGCCCAGGUUCUGUGGGGUCUGCAGUGAUGGCCGGUGCUGCACUCCUCACAAUACCAAAACCAUCCAGGUAGAGUUUCAGUGCUCCCCAGGGCAAAUAGUCAAGAAACCAGUGAUGGUCAUUGGGACCUGCACCUGUCACACCAACUGUCCUACGAACAACGAGGCCUUCCUCCAGGAGCUGGAGCUGAAGGCUAGCAGAGGGAAAAUGUAACCUGUCACUCAAUAAGCACACCUACAGAGCACCUGUAGCAGCUACGUCACCCACCAUCAAAGGAAUAUAAGAGAAGUAUUGAAGAUUCACGGUUUCAUCCUUGAAUCCUAUGUAUUUUCCUAAUGUGAUCAUAUGAGGACCUUUUUAGCUGUCUUUUUAUUUAAUAAAAAAUGUAAUUAACUGUAAACUUGGAAUCAAGGUAAGCUCAGGAUAUGGCUUAGGGAUGACUUACUUUCCUGUGGUUUUAUUUUAAAUGCAAAGUUCUAUAAAUUUAAGGAAACAGGUAUAUAACCUACUUUGUAGACUGUAUCACAUUGCACUCAUCAUAUCUUGUUGUGCACUAGUGCAAUUCCAAGAAAAUGUCACUGUAAUGACUCAGUGAAGUCUAGAAUCAUACUGAACAUGUCAUUGUACAAGUAUUUCAACCAUAUAUUGAGCACAUAUAUCGGGAAGAUUCUCUAUUGGCUCCCUUUUUGGCUAAGCCAGCUCUAAACUUCCAAGCUCCAGAUCCAAGGAAACAUACAGCUCUUCAACAUGACAUCCAGAGAUGACUAUUAAUUUUCUGUUUAGUUUUACACUAGGAAACAUGUAUCUACAGUAAUGAAAUAUUUGCUAAGUGGACUGUUGUCAUAGACUUUCCCCAUUUAAGAUGGAUUGACUCCUUUCCAAUAGAAAGAAGCUAAACAGAAAACUCUUAAUACAAAGAUGACUGGUCCCUCACAGCCCUCAGACAUUUAUAUACUGGAAGCCACUGAGGCCCCCAAGUUUUUUAAUUUAGAAGAAACAGAGCAUAUUAGCAGGGAUUCUCUCAUCUUACUGAUAAGUAAACUGAGGCCCAAAGUACUUGCUUACAUCCUCUGAUGACUGUUUCAAAUGUGCAUUUUGUGGAAUUUUGAGAAAAAAAGGAGCAAAAUGAACAUGACUGGUGGUAAGAGACCAUAUAUUUUAUAGGAGUUUGGAAUUAUUGUAGACAUGCCCAAAACUUAUCCUUGGGCCAUAAUUAUGAAAACUCAUAAUCAAGAUACAUGUGUAUACAUACAUGUAUCUGGUUUGUCAGGCUACCAGGUAGGCUACAAAAUUAAAUCUAGAUAUUUUUUUAAUGCCACCACAUGUGUUCCACUUUUCUACUUUGAAGUAUUUAUAAAAAUAUAAAUUGUACAUGUUGUAAAAUACUGUUUGAUUUCUCUACUUGUCAGAUAUCACUAAAUAAACACGAUUGUAUUGCUGUGUGA